AUGGGUGAAACUGUUGAUGCGGAUGGCCAUCCAACCCCAGUGUCGCUACCAAACUCGGAGCAGUUCUACUUGAAGAACGACCAAGGCCGAAAAUAUUCAAUCCAAGUAUCUUGGCCUCUGCUGUGGGAGGAUAGGGAAAAGCCCAGAUCCUGCCCGAUAAUAUAUCUGGUUGACGGAAACUCCAUGUUUCUGACAGCCACCGAAUCUGCAUGGCGCCGUGGCUACUCGUCGCGAUUUAACAGCGGAAUCAUCGUUGCUAUCGGGUAUCCUCUAGAGGGUAAACUCUACGAUAUUGAACAACGCAACCUCGACUUGACGCCCCCAUCGGAAACCCCUGUACCUGGUCAUGGACAGGCAGAUGGUUUCCUAGACUUCAUUGAAAAUUCAGUCAAACCAGCCGUGAGAUCACGCUUUCCUAAAAUAUCUUUCGAGCGAGAGGCGCUUUUCGGGCAUUCGUAUGGGGGUCUGUUCGCCCUUCAUGCAUUAUUCACUCGCCCUGACUAUUUCGACUGUUUCAUGGCAAGCAGUCCAUCCAUUUGGUGGAAUGGUCGGUGCAUCUUGGACGAGGCAGAGAAAUUUCUUGAUGUGACUAGCUUAACAGGCGAGAAGGUUCCUUCAGUAAUAAUCCCCCCUCGAUGGGAUAAUGAAUCCAAUGAAGACUACGAUGCGAGAAAGCAAACCGCACUGGGUUUUCGAAUGACUGAUAAUGCUCUAGACUUGCUUCUCAAGUUAGAGGAUUCUACUCAUCUGCGUGUGCUUUUGAAAGAUGAAUAUGAAUGGGAAGAGCAUCUGAGUAUAGUGCCUUGCUCAGUUAGUCGGGCGCUGACGAAGUUUUUUGAGGAAUGGCCAUUCGAGAAAUCGGAGUCCUAG